CGAGAGUCGUCAAGAGUCACGUGACGUCAGGGACCGGAAAACGCUUCGGACGCAAUCUAAGUGGACUGGCAAUUCAUAAUUUUUUGAGUAUCAUGGCAGAUGAUUUGAAAAGGUUCCUGUAUAAAAAACUACCAAGUGUUGAAGGACUUCAUGCUAUUGUAGUGUCAGACAGAGAUGGUGUACCAGUAAUUAAGGUUGCCAAUGACAAUGCCCCUGAGCAUGCUCUUCGACCCGGUUUCUUGUCAACAUUUGCACUUGCGACAGAUCAGGGCAGCAAACUUGGGCUUUCCAAAAACAAAAGCAUAAUCUGUUACUAUAACACUUACCAGGUGGUUCAGUUCAAUAAACUUCCUUUGGUAGUGAGUUUUAUUGCCAGCAGCAACGCCAAUACAGGUACAUUUUCAAAACUGAAAUCAGCAUUUCAAUACUUAGAUUUAAAUGAUCAG